AGCCGCUGCAGCCCCCGGCUCAAUUAAUUGAAUCAAUCCACGGGCUGGAGGCUCGUGGUCCCUCUUCCGGGCGGCCAAGAAUCGCCUCUUCGGGCGAGUUGUAGCCAUUACAAUACAAGUCGGGUUAGCGGCGCGAUGCCUCUGCUAUCCCUCAUGGGCUCCAAGCCCAAGUCGAAGUGUGGGUUGAUUCUUCCUGGAAUGGUGAAGCCAUCCUGUGGAGACACGCCACCAUCAGAUGAUGAAGCAGAGCCGCAGUCUCAAGUGAGUACCAGCAUCACAUCUGCUUCGCACCAUUCGUUGGCAUCGUUGGAGUCGUCGUGCCAUGGCAUGGCGAACUUGGGUCAGGGUGUAUGGUGGGUCGGCUGCUCCGACAACCAGGAGGUACCCGGUCCAGCUGGAAUCACCCCGGAAAUGCUGCCUAGCGCUCUUGAAUCAAACGCGCAAGAUGUCAUGGAAUCACUGCAGCAGUGUGCAUUGACUGGUGAUGGGGAGAGUCGCAACGGGUCAUUGCGUGCCUUCUAUCCAGAGGAGAUGGAAUGCUUGGGACGGCUGAAAUGGGAUGGUGAUGGACACUACGUGCUGGCUCCCUUUCCUGGUGAUCACCCACCAACCCUUGGCCAGGUGAUGUCCUUCCUGAAAAUGGUGGAUGCCGCCGUGUCCAAGAGCAAGAUGGUGGUGUUGGUCACGACUCAGCGGAGGCGAGCAGUCACCGCAGCAUUAGCAGGCGCUCUUUUGGUCCUUGCCCGAGGUUUUUCACCAGAGGAAGCCUGGCAACACAUUCACCCGGUCUAUGGACUCCCAAAGGAGGAUCCCAAGGUUGCCUGGGAUCGAUUUCCUCCUCCGUUCUCACACAGUGGUGAGACAGGUCCUUCCUCCUUGACAGUGUUCGACUGCCUUCGAGGACUCGCUGUGGCCAGGGAAAAGAAUUGGCUGGAGGACUACAGACUCUUCGAUGUAGCAGCUUGGAAGAUGAUGCGCGAGAAGUUUGAUGCCUCAUGGCUUAUUCCAGGAGAGAUCCUUGCCAUGGCCAACCCAUGGGGGACAUCACAGAAUCCUCGCUUUCCAGGGCUCCUGAACAGAGGACCUGCAGAGUCAAUGCCUUCCAGUCAAAGCUCGCCGGAUCUUAUGGGCAGCAUCAGCCAGACUAGCAGCUUCCAGUCCUCGUCUCACUUGGAUGCAUGGCCUGAAGACACCUGUGAGGCGGGUCAGGCUACAGCAGAUCUGGAAACUAUACUGCUUAGCCAAGGAGGCGAUCUAGGAACAGACGAAGAGGUUUGCAACUCUGUCAAUGCAGCAGUUGCAGCUGAGAAUGCAGGCUCAUGGAAGUUGCCAUUUUCAAGGUCCGAAGAGUUCUCGCGCCUGGAAGCUGACACUUUUGUCUCCUUGCUAUUGCGGAACAGCAUCCAGGAGGUUGCCAGGCUGAACUACGAUGCUGAAUGCCCUGAACAGAGGGGCUAUGAGAAGGCCUUUGCAGCCAACGGCAUCAAGAUCAAAAAGGUUCCGUUUCAGGAUGGCAACAUCCCAAACAAGGCUGUGGUCAAGGAGUUCUUGAAGUCCUGCCAAGUGGCAGUGAAGCGGAAAAGAACAAUCGCACUGCAUUGCCAGGGAGGUAUGGGCAGGACCGGCGUGAUGGCAGGUGCUCAUGCAGCUGCGCACCAUCAGGUCGAUGGGAAGGCGUUCCAUGGUUGGACCCGCAUAUGCCGGCCUGGCACGGUGCAGACCGUUGUGCAGGAGGAAUUCCUUCGGGAAAUGGAACCAGAGCCAAUCACAAAGUCCUCAAGUUUGCGGAGCAUCAUGGAUAGCUGCCGUCUCAGGUUCAUUAGCGUUUGAUCUUCGCCGUGGAGCGGCGUUCUUGUUAGAUGGCGUGCGUGCCACACACACACACAUCGGCUACUUGCAGAGGCUGCCGAUAGACAGCCAUCUUGUGUAGAUUUCCAAUAGCAAGUCGGUGAAUCCUAGUUCGACAGACGUCAAGUCUUCCAGCCUGUUUUUUCCGCUGUGAAGCAGCGACCAAGAGAGUUGCUAACAUGGCAAGUAACCCAAGCUGUUCAUUCUUCAGACUUGUCC